AUGAGCUUCAUAAAGUUCAACAAAGCCAAGCACAAGGUCCUGCACCUGCGUUGGGACAUCCCCCAGUACCAAUGCAAGGUCCCCAAAUACUUGUCACAACAAUGGAGUAAAGCUUCAGGAAGAGGUGAAGUGGGAAAACUAAGGAUUGUCAAAAAUCAAGGAAGAACAGAGGUGUCAUUUACUUUGAAUGAAGAGCUUGCAAGCAUCAAUGAUAUUGGAGGAAAGCCUGCUUCAGUCAGUGCACCCAGGGAACAUCCAUUUCUUCUACAAAGUGUGGGAGGACAGACCUUAACAGUGUUCACAGAAACUUCAGUAGAAAACCAAUCAGAAGAAAAAUCAGAGAGUGGCAGUGCUGAUAAACUUGCCCUGGAAGGAAUAGUGGUGCAACGUGCCGAAUGCAGACCUGCAGCUAGUGAAAAUUAUAUGAAGCUGAAAAGAUUACAGAUAGAAGAAUCUUCUAAACCUGUGAGGUUAUCACAGCAGCUGGACAAAGCUGUAACCACAAACUAUAAACCAGUGGCUAAUCAUCAGUAUAAUAUUGAAUAUGAGAAGAAGAAGAAAGAAGAUGGAAAACGAGCUCGAGCUGAUAAACAACAAGUGUUGGACAUGCUUUUUUCAGCCUUUGAGAAACAUCAGUAUUAUAAUAUUAAAGACCUGGUGGACAUAACCAAACAGCCAGUGAUAUACUUGAAAGAAAUUUUGAGAGAAAUAGGCAUCUACAAUGUGAAGGGGACUCACAAAAACACAUGGGAGCUGAAGCCGGAAUACAGACAUUACCAAGGAGAGGAAAAGAGUGAUUAACAAAAACAUUUAUGAUGUAAGAGAGACUGCACUGAGGAAGCUGUGGUGUUUACAGACAGGACUGAGCACAGUGCAAUUCUGUAAGGAUGAAGAUAAAUUAAAGCAGCUGAUAAUUUGUAAUUUUCUGUAGCCUUUUUUCCCCACGGAGUAUUUCUUGUAUGUUUCUAUAUAUGCUUUGUCUUUGGACAGGAAAAGUUUAUAGAUUAAACUUGUAUUAGAGGUAUCUUUAUUAGAAAUCUUUUGAGUUCUCCUCUUACUUUUUCUUGGUAGCUUUGUGGCUUUUCCAAGCCUCGGUAACUUUAAUGGAAAAUGUGUCUUAGAGGAACCCAUAACUUUGUGAGCUUGCAUUCCAAUGUAAGCAGGUUAAUACCCUUGGUUCUCCUGGGGUCAGUCAGGGCUUCAUCUGGAAGCCUGCAAAUGUGCAUAACCUUUUGUGCAGUGUUUGUGUGGAAUGGACAGGAUGCUCCUCUUGGUAUCAGGCUUUGGGGAAAAACAGCCACAACCAUGGUGCUCAUCACAAUCCUUAGACUCCCUGGGAACAAACCAAUGCAGUUAAAAACCCAUAAAAUCUGUGGGAAGAUGUCAGUCCCCUCCAUGUGAUUACUGAGAAAAAAAAAUGAAACAGAAAUGUCGGUAAGGUACAGCAAGGAAUAGUUUUAUCUUUUGUUUGAUUUUUAUGCUGAUACCAUACUGUUUAAGAAUAUCAAUAAAAAUAUUAUUUUAAUUUGUACCACACAAUCUUCUACAUUAUUGACUGAACACAUGAUUUAGGUGGCAUAAGUCUGGUUUUUUUUCAAAGCCUGUUUCUAUUGCUGGCUUUGUCACUGUGUUCCUCUGUGGUUUGGGAAAGAUUGCUAAAUGUGUCUGUCUCUGUUCCCCUGUUUUUGGAAUGCACACUGCAAGGGUUGUCCCUUCAACAAUCCUUUUUAGGAGGGAGCAGGGAGGGGACUAUUUAAUUAUAUUCUCAAAGGUUCUAUGUUAAAAAGCGAAGAACACAGAGUGGGAUAACCUCAUUGUUAUAUCUGUAAAUGAAGGUGAGGUUUGAUAGCUCAGCUUUUACAUUCUUUCAUGUCCUUCAGGUGUAUACAUCAUUUCGCUCACAGGGAAUGACACAGGGAAGGAAACAUUCCAUUAUUGGUGCACUUGGAAGCAAUGAAAGGCUCAGGGAGUGAUCAAAUGCUUUCAGAGGUUUGUAAAACAACCCUUAUACAUAAGUCAUACGAUUUUGCUCAAUUUUUUUCUAGAGCUGUCUGUGUAGGUAUCUCUCCACAGCUACACUUCAGGCUGGUGCUCAGUGUCCUGUGGCAUUAAAUGCCCAGUUCCCAGGAGAGGGACUGCUGAGAGUUUUGAAGAGCAGAUCACAUUCCGGGGGGGGGGGGGGGGUGUGCUUUCAUAAAUACUGCCACUGACUUGUGUCUCCUUGGGCUCUACAGCAGGACCCAGCUUGCAGAUGGCUGCAGGAGCCAUCUGAGGAUGCCGAGAGGAACACAGGAAGUCAGCCUUUGUGUCUUGCUGUGGAACAUGACGUGCUCCCCGGCAGUAGCCAGAGCUUGCUCACACUGCUGUCCUCAUCGUACUGCUCAAGUCCUCUGUGGAUUUGUGUUCAGGGAUGUGUAGGAUGAGAGUUCCUGCCUUUCAUGAGCUGGGCUCCUUGGUGGGAUCCGUGUCCUGUUUCAGAAACUGAAGUACCCAGCAAGUCUAGGUCAGCUUCUCCCUUGUGUUGCUCCUUGCAACCAUUCAGGGGGAUGCCAUGCAAUACUGAUUAAGCAGUAAUUAAGUAGUAAGUGUAAUUCAGGUAAAAAUGACUGUGCCAUUUCAGAGGGCAAUGGUUACCUUGAGUGAGAUCCCCAGCAGGAUUUAGUAUAGCAGGAAAGCUUUAGAUAUAUUUCUGGUUUUAUGUGAGCUGCUUCAGUUUGUCUUUGGUCGAGAGGGACAGUCAGCAUGAAAUGCCUGAACAUGUAACUAAAGGAAGUAUUUCAUUGAUCUGCACUGCCUUUGGACAGGGUAAAUAAGCUCUGCUCAGGAACAAUGGAAAACAUGCAGAGCACUCUAUUUUUCAUGGGGUUUAUGGUUUUUGCAAAGGGCUAACUUUUUAUGGGUGUCAUUAAAAACAUGUAGGGUUAGAAGUAAACAGAAAAAAGCAGUGAGUUUUCAACCUGCAAGCAACCAGGAAGUUUGAGGAAUGCCAACGUGUAAUGGUUUGCUUGCAGCCUUCUGUGGAGUAGCACCAGUUAUACUGAGGAGCAGAACAGUGCUCAAAAAUGGACUUAGGAAAUGCUGUAUCAGAGUAAAGUAAGAGAAGAUAACCAGCAGGUCUAGAAGCCAGGCAGCUUGUGAACUGCUUUUUUUACCUGCUUCCUGCAUGAUUUUGAAGUUUUUCUAGCAUGUUAGGUGCAAUUGGAAUUUUAACCUCAAAAGCUGUCACAAAAUCCAAGUGGUAUGAGAGAAAGGAACAAUAAGCCCACAGAGGUGCUGAUCGAGAACAUGAAAGAUGCUCUCCCAUGCUGGCAGCAGAACCUGUGUCAUUCAUUCAAGGGCUCUGCUGGCUCCUGCCUGGUGGGAGCACAUGAUAAAGGUGAAAGUGGAGUUUUUAAAUGCCCUUGGCCAGGUCAUCAUCCAGCCUCCAGCUCAGCUAUGGGAUCUUGCAAUAUAAACCAUCAUAGACACAGAAACAUCAAGAUAGAUGCUGCUAUGGGUCCCAUAUGGUACCUUCUGCAGUAACCCAGGGCACUGCAGGACUAGUCUAAAUUCAUACAAGGCUGGUAUGAUUGAGAAUUUGGUAGAGCCUUGUUUGGAUCCAUCCCUUAAUAAGCAGGAAAACCUCUCCUGCUCCACUGUGCUGGUUCUGCACAUGGCCCUUACACAAGUGCUGUUGGCAGGAUUUCCAUCUGCCAGAAGAGAGGCUCAGAGGUGCUCAGGUCUGAUUCCCUGGCCCCCACUUUUGGAUUAAUUUAAACUCUGGACUUGCAGCAGUGAUGAACAAUUCUCUGCUGGUCUUCCCAAGUGCUGUUGUCUCUGCUUGAUGCUGAGCUUUGUUCAUGCAGAUGUUCUUGAAUAUUAAUGGUCAAAAUGCUGCCGGGCGAGCAGGUCCCAGAGGCAUGAGCAGAAGUUUCUGUGUGCUAAAUGCCACUAAAUGAGAUUAAAAGCACAUCCACUCUUCCAGCACUGCUUGUCCAGAAUGACCAGUUUGAAUCAUUGGAAAUUUCAUACUUGGUAAGCUCAGGCAGUACCAGCAGGGACCUGAGCAGACACAAGGUGACAGCCAGCCCUUUAGAGAUCCCCUGCUCACUCAAACCCCCUUCUCUUUCUCCCCACCCCAGGGCAAUGAGGAGAAUCCAAGCAAACUUUGUAUGUUGAGAAAGUUCAGUAACUGAAAAUUAGUAAAAUAUAGUAGUAAUGGUGAAAGGUUAAAAAAAUGACCAUAGAAAAACAAGUGAUGGACAAUACAAGUAGUCACCCUCUGACUGAUGGCAGACCCCCCUUCCUGAACCCAGGCAGGCCCCCCUUGUGGGUAAGCCUGCCCCAUUUAUAUACUGGGCAUGGCAUUCUGCAGUAUGGAAUAUCCCUACUGAGCACAAGCCACCUAUCCCAGCUGUGCUCCCCCCGUUCCUUUUGCAUCCCUUCUCACGGGCAGAGCAUGAAACAGCAGAAAAACAUCCUUGACUUAGGGUAAACACUGCUUAGCAGAAAAACAGAACAUUAGUGUGUUAUCAACACUGCUUGGAUUCCAAAUCCAAAACACAGCACUGUAACAGCUACUGAGAAGAAAAUAACUCAGCAAUGAGCACAGUUGAGUCAGGACACAGGGGGAUUUGGGAUGGCACCUGCUGCCAGGGGUGGGCUGGGGCAGCUGCAGCCAGUGGAUGAAGGGCAGAGUUCACUCCCUGAAACACUUUUUUGUGGACAGCAUGAGGAAGCACCAGAAGCUGCAGGCAGUUCUGUGGCUGCAGCAGAAAUCAUCCCUCCCUGCUGCCACAGGAGGGAUCAAGGGCACCUGGCUUGAGUGCAGGCACAGCUGGAGGUAGAGCAGCUAAACCUCAGUCCUAGAACCAGAUUAUUUCAGUAGCAGUAGUGGGGUUUUGUUAGCUGAGGUCCAUUGUGAGGAGGGCAGGAGUACUCAGCUUUACAUGGCCAUUUCUUGACUACUCUGUUACAAAGAAUUUGGGAACCUAAUCUCUAAAAAACUUCUUGGACAUCUACGUUUGUGGGCAUCCCCUGCUAAAAAGAAUCAAACAGCUGGUCUGCUUUGUGCCAGCACACCUGCACCUUGCUGAGGAAAAGAAGAAAGAGGCUUGCUCACUUACAUGCCAGCAGUGCUUCCUUCCUGUUGCUGGUGGUUACAGAUGGGAAGGUGAAUCCCAGCUGUUAGCUCCCAAGAUAACGUGUGGGCUUCAGAGAAACAAUAGUUCAGCAUUUUUAUCAGUGUGUCCAGCUGCUGCCACAUUGGCAUCACACAACCAAAAUGGUCUUUAAAAGGUCUUCGAGGAUGUUUGGCUCCUUUCUGCCUGAAGUGGAAGGUAAUGAAUGCAGCUCUAGUGGAUUAAAAUGCCCAGCAGCCAUGUGCAUCAACAACAUCCCACCCACUCCUGCAGAAUACACUUGCAGGGUUGCCAGGAUUUGCUGGCAUCCAAAAAAAAGCUCCCUCAAGCCACCAGCCCUGGCCACAGGUGCUUGGCUGUGAUCUUUGCUCAACAGCUUCCAGCUGCAGCUUCAACCAAAAGGCAGCCAAGACACAGGGACUGCAAGCCAGCAAGAGUGUGAUCUUGGGAAUAGAUUUGGUACUGUUUAGGCCAAAAACUUCCAGGCUUGGUUAGGGUUUUUUCCUCCUACCAAAACAUUUAUCCCUGAGUUAAUGAACAUGGUGUUCACCUGCUGCACACUGCCGCUGCCAGCUACAGAGAUUUCCUGGUCCAGAGCAAAACACCCCAGCUCACAAUGGCAGCGACACCCCAGGGAAGUGGCUACAGAACUAAAUCACAGAUGGAAGUUCACAAGAGCAGAAGGAAGUAGCCUAUCUGCUCCAAGCGAGCAGCAGAGUGUGAGAAAGCAGAAGUAUUUCAAUGUAGAUACCACUGCUCUUUAAUGAAAGCAUCCUCUCUGAACGGCUGUCAUUGAAAACACUGCCAAGAUUGCAGUGGGCUGACCUGUGCCAGCUCAACAGCCAGAGACUUGCUUAGGGAAGAAAGCAAAUUGCCAUUUUUCCAUUUUUUUUCCACAUUUGAAAAAAAAUUAGUCUUAUUUUAUUUGGCAACAACCGUGCCCUAAGGUUAUCAUAAUUGCCUGCUGGCUGUGAGCUGAGUUAAAAAAUAAACUCACAAAAAAAAAACCCCAACACCAAUCAAACCCAACUGUUUCCUGCAUACUUUCAUUUAGAAUAUUCCCUUUGCAGGUUCUCCCUCCUUGUGUCAAAGCUGAGGGCUGCACAGGGCUCCAAGACCAUCACCCACUUGGGCUCUGGCACCCACCCCCAGCCCGUGCUCAGUGGGCAAAACUCAGGGCUGGGCACCCCAGAGGAGACAGCAGUACCUCUCCCAGCACACCAGAUGCUCCCUGCACUGCAUGAACAGUCCCAGGUCUGCACCCUUUCUCCUCAAAGCAGCUGGCCAAGCAGCAAACCACUGCUGUAGCAGCAUUCGGACAUUAACAUCAGCCACUGGCACACAGAAAGUGUUUGGGUUUUUUUGUUUGCUUCCAGAGGGCAAAAAUAGAGUGGAUUUGUGGGUGGGGUAGCAAACUAACACAAAAAGCAGGCAUUGAGGGGCAACAGUGUGGGGGGGAGGGCAGAAGGUCAAGGGGAUCAUGGGACAUCUGCCCAGCACAGCAGCUGCUUCCCUCAGCCCCAAGGCAUCACUCCUUUAACCACAGAAGUAUGAAACUGAAAAGGCUGGUUUUUCCUCUCCAUAAGCAAAUCAGCCUUCCUUCCCCUGUCAGCAUCCAGCUUAUAGUGGGUGCAGGAGCAGCCUCCUGGCCCCACAGAGCCCGAGACUUGAGCCAGCAUAAGGAAGGUUUCUACCCAGCUGCUUAACCUGCUCCACGAGGCACAGGGAAAAUAGAGUUUGGAUCCUUCCCAAAUCCACUGAGAGUAUCCUUCCAGGAAUGAGAGAUUCAAUCCUGAUAAGCACAUUUUAAAACAAGGCAGGGCUAAUAACUCCAAAGCUGUUGUCUGAAGUAUGAAGUCUUUCCUUUCCAAAUCACUUCAGCUUUUCAGGCCCAGGAAAGAAACAGCUGCUUGAGAUGAAGAUGGGCCAGAAGAGUAGGAAUUACGCUAUGAGGAACUACGCCAACUUCCUUCCCAGUGCAGAACUGCAUCAUGGGCUGUGGACAAGCACAUUUACCAGCACCAGGCCUCCCCCUUCACAGCAUGUAGUGACUCCCACCUCUCCCUCACCCUGACUUCACAGCAGCCAGCUACCACAGCAGUGCAGCUGCGACAACUGCUUGUCACUGCCGCAGUCCUUCCCUGCCACACCCUCCCUGGUGCUUCUGACAGAAUUGAUGCUGCAGAGCAGCAAGACUUAUCCUCUCCCCUGAGAAACUAUAGGCAGCAAUGCAUUUUUGGGAAGUGCAGUGAGGGCAGCAAGAACACUACUCUUGCAGCUCACUGAAGAAACAAAAUCCAGCAUCUCCAGAGCCUUAGAACUUGAUACUUCAUUGCAGCAGGCUGAAAGGAGUCUUCCCAUCAGAGGCUGUGCGGUGCAGAAAAGCACACCUGCUUGGAGCACAGAUAUCCCUAGUUAGGAGUGUUUGCACACACAAUUAAGUACCCCAAUAAGCCUGGUGUACAGACAGGAUGACACACAAUUUGCCAUUCAACCAAGCAGCAAGGCUGUGCUCAUCAUGCUUUGAAACACCUGCUUUUCAAAGCAGCACUGCAUCUGUACACAGGUGCCACGUGGCAAUUUGCUCCAGGCUGGUGCCCAGGGCUCCCAGCCUUGGCAGGACCAGCCAGGCAGGGGGAGGAGUCAUUUCCACUCCCACAUACCAGCUACAUGGAGUUUUAAACUUUAACUCAUAGGAGGUGGGAGCCAGACUGAGGGGCAGCACAGUUAUACCAGCACUGCCCUGCCCACACUAACUUUACUCAGCUGAGAAGUAAAAUUCUCAGCUGUUUCCCUCUCCUUUAAUACUCCCAUUUUUAAUGAAGAUGCAACAGGAAAGGGAAGACAACAUCCUUACCUGGCCCAAAUAAACACAAUCUGUAAGAAAAGCUAGACUUUAGGCUUUGAACCUGCCUCCCUGCCUUUCAGCCCCGCUGGGUACACCAAAAUUGUACCUUAUCCAGAAGAGAACUAAAAUGGGGUUUAUUUAACCAGACAGGAACCUGAGAGAUAACUAAGGCACACUCCACUCCCUUCUCCAGUCUCUCACUCCUCCCAGCCUGCUGCCAUAUCUAUCUCACCCCUGCAGAAACCCUCCUCCACCUCCACCCUCCAGCACCAGGGGCCAAACACUGACACAAAGAUGUGAAAAGUCUGAAGGAGAUAAACAGUUGGCAAGAGGGCCAUGCCCUCCCCUUUUUGGUACCUUAACCUCCCUAUCCCUCUGCCAUCACUGCAGCAGGAAAAAAGUUAAUGAUUAGCAGUCCAAGGUAACAUCCCUGGUCAGGAACACGGUCAGCAGCAACAGACACUCCCUUGCUCCAGGUGGGGCUCUGAAGGAAUUUGUGUUCCUUUAUUCAAUCCAAACUGCCAUGAGGUCAGACAGGUAGAAAGCGCAAGGAACUCAUUACUGUUGCAUCUCAAGAGAGAACCUAGGAAGCAACAGUGUUUGCUCCAGGUCUGUCAAACAGAUGCAUUCCCCAACAAGACACACAGCAGGAACUAAGUUACAAACACUGCAAGUCUGACACACAGGCAAUCACCCAGUUUGGAAGCAGUCUAGAGCAGGGCUAGGCUGCUCUAGAAAUUCCAACAUUUCUCUCCAAGAGGCCAAGUACAGAAAACCCCCAAAUCCUGCAGCUUGACUGAAUUCUAGUUCAUAUGUUCCCCAACAGCUGUCAAAUACAAAGUACCACAGCCAGGCUGUGCUGGAAAACUCAGCCAUUUUACCUUCUCUCCCCAGUAUUCCCAUCCAGGCUCCUGCCUUGAUCUUGGAGACAUCCUACAGCUCAGAAGAGGCUCAAGUACUCAUGUGACAAAGCAGCUCAGCCAGCACUCCACCUGAAUAGCACAUAUUCCAUUCUGGGAUGUUUUUAUUAUUCACUUCUUACCUCUUCCAGAGAUAAGUCCCUGCACAGUCACAAAAGAUGAAGGUGGUCCAUUCCAUUAGAACAAUUCUUGGACUUUGUCUUACUGACCUCAACCUGCUUCUGCACUCCAGUGCCACAGGCAAACUGAAAUCUGUCUGGAAACAGUCCAGUUGUAAUGCACUAGCAGCAGCCAUGCUACUGACAGCACCCAAUCCAUGGCGCAACCUGUCCUUUGAGUGACCUUGAGAGACACAUCAGACCAAAGGACACCACCUAGAAUGAGUUUAAAUGAGUUUUAUUUUAGACAACCUACAUGAUAGAUGUUUUUUUGUUUUUUUAAAACAAUGCCUCCACUCCAAAUCAGGGUCAAAAUAAGUGAAUAAAG